GCUAACAGCUCCGCCCGAUUGCUCCCGUCAACGCCUGCUGUGCGUUCCGGUUGUUGUAUGUUUUGUGUGUUGUGCAAAAAAGUGCUCUUAGCAAAACGUGUAAAAAACUGUUUAGAAAAGCGAUCAAUUCAAAACGAUGAAAUUGAUUGUUGCGUUUGCUAGCCUGCUGGCGGUAGCGCUUGGGGCGCCAGCAGCACAAUUUGGCUUCGGAUAUCCCGGCCUAGGAGGAGGGUACUACAACCGUUAUCCUCAUCGCGCUCCGCAUUAUCACAAUCCUCAUUAUCACGGUGGACAAUAUGGUGGUCCGGUAGGUGGUUACUACGGAGGUCCAGGAGGAUAUUACGGUGGCCCGGUUGGUGGACAUGGCGGUGGUGGACUCUCUGCAAGCCAGGCUAAUGCUCAGUCGGCAUCGUUUAACAUUGGACUUGGUGGCAUCUCGGGCUCGUUCAGCAACUCGAACGCUAACUCGUUCGGUCAGGGCGGUGGACUCGGUGGAUCUGGCUCGCAGGCUUCAGCACAGUCCGGAUCGUUCGGAGGUGGCCUCGGUGGGCUCAGUGGCUCGGCAUCGAGCGCUCAAGCGUCCUCUAACUCGUUCGGUGGAGGUGGCGGUGGAUUGUUCCCAUUCUUCUAAGAUCUAAGAUCUAAGACAAACUGCAGAUGCGCCUCGCUGGCAUCAGCUCGGCGAAUGACACAACCCCAUCCACCUUCUAUACAUCGUCAUCGGAUUCCGUUUUGUUACGCCCGUCCUAUUCACGUGUACCGUGUUGUAAGAUAUUGUAUUAUUAUUUAUGAAUAAAACAUUUGU